AUGACAAUCCCCGUUUCGCUCAACACCAACGAGAAAUCGCAGGAUUUUGUGGAAUCUGAUGUGAUUCAAGUGAUUUCCGGGACGAACAUACGUCGUCUGGUCUACACGUCCUACAUAAUAGCUGUUGUUACUUCUACUCUUAUACUGUACCUAUUCCCGAGCACUGUUUUAAUUUGCGGAUUUGUGGGAUUGAUGGUCCUCCUGAUUGGUUCACUUUACCCGCUCGUGAAUUUCGUGAUCAAAGCAGAAGACCACGAUUUGAUCUGGGAUGGUGACGGCUUGCACUGGUUGCAAAAAACUGAGGUCACCUCCCUAGAGUACGGUAAUUACGGCAACGAUAUUGAUCAGUCCUUUAAAGUUGUGCCUACGACCUCGAACUACUAUCUUAGCUACGCCUUCAUUUAG